CUUCCGCACGCUCCUUCCUCCCCCCCGUCAUCCUCCUCCUCCUCCCCCCGCUCUCGCGACAGCUCCGCACAGAAAAUGGCCCCGCGGCCGCCCCGCCGCUGAUGCGCGACCCGGGCGGCGCCGGCCCCGCCGCAGCCCCGCACUGCCGGGAGGAGCCGCCCUGUCCCUGUCCCUGUCCCUGUGCCCAGCUCCGGCCAGGCCAUGAAGACGGAGAAGGACGAGGCUGUGGCCACCUUCUCCCUGCGGGGGAAAUUCGGCACGGAGGGGGCAGGCUGCAGUGACCCAGCCCUGCCCGGUGCCCCGAUGCCGGUGGCGGGGAGCGGAGGGACCCCGGCCCCGGAGCUGCGGCCGCUGAAGCGCAGACCUGUCCCAGGGAAACACUACCAGUGCUCGAGCUACGGCUGCAAACUGGCCUUCCCCAGCAUGCAGGAACUGAUGGACCACCUGAAGGUCCACUACAGACCCACGCAGUCCCUCGAGGGCAAAACCUUCCACUGCCCCACCCUGGGCUGCAGCGAGACCUUCCCCAGCAUGCAGGACCUCAUGGCCCACAUGAAGGUGCACUACAAACCCAACCGCUACUUCAAGUGUGAGAACUGCCUGCUGCGCUUCCGCACGCACCGCUCGCUCUUCAAGCACCUGCACGUCUGCUCCGACAGCGCCAGCGGCCCCGCGCCCCCAGCCAGGCCCGACCGGCCCUCGCUGCCUCCCGCUGCCCCAGAGCAGGAGCCCCCCAAGCCCCCCGAGGCGCUGCCCAAGCCGCCCCUGCAGAAGGAAUCGCCGGACUCUGCCCCGGCGGCGCUGCCCGGCCCGCUGGAGCCGCUGGUGUCGGGGGCCCCGCACCCCUUCCCGCUGCUGGAGCCCGGCCUGUUCGGGCCCUCGUCCUUGACUCGCUUCCCGGGGCCGGCCCCGUCCUCGGUGCCGGGGCCUUUCCUGCCCUACGUGCCCCCCUCGCCCUACGGGCUGGCGCAGCCCCCGGCUCAGCACCGCCUGCGGCCCUUCCUGCCGGGCCACGGCCCCCCCAGCGUCGCCAACGCCGUCUGGAAGAAAAGCCAAGGUGUGAGUGUCAGCCCACUCCUCCCAUGCUUUGGCUCAGGAGUGACUCCAGGGCACUCCUCCAACAGCCGCAUCGUCUGGGAGCACACGCGGGGCCGCUACAGCUGCACGCAGUGCCCCUUCUCCGCCGCCUCCCGCGAGGAGAUGACCCUGCACAUCGAGGACCACCGCAAGAACCCCCCGCCCGGGCGCCUGGAGGCCGAGAUGGAUUUCGGGGUGGGCCUGGCCCCGUUCCACGCCAAGCUGCCGCCGGAGAUGGAGAACUCCCUGUACUCCCAGCUUUGAUGCCCUCGGCUCCCAAGGGACUCUCCUGCACCUCCCUGAGCCGGGCAGGGGGCACAGCACAGCCCUGCCACUGUGCUGGGACAGGCAGCCCUCCCUGGGGACAGGAGCAGCAGAGGGGCCGAUGUUUCCCCUGGGAUUUCUCCCUUUUUAUUUUCGGGACUCUGCCGCCGCCGGAACCGCUGAAUGUCCCUCCCGAAAGGUUUUGUUGCUUCAGCCCCGGGGGCUCUGCGGGGAGCCCGGUAGGUUCUCAGGAGUUAGUGGACUUCUCUGGAAUGAGAUCUCGGAAAAAUAAAUGGGAAUUGUACAGGA